UGUACUUACACAAAUGUCUGGAAAAGUGUGAAUGAUCUGCCAGGCAGUGCACUCUCAUUCUACCCUUCUGGAUGUCCUCUGAUCCUCUGCCAUCAUGAACCUGAAGCUCCUCUUCUUUUGCCUCUUCUUAGCGGUGCUGCUAAUUCCUGCUGAACUGAAACAGAAAAAGGACAAAAAACAUCAUCGGCAUCAUGAUCAUGAUCAUGAGCAUGGGGUAUCUGGCCAUGGUAGGAGGGGAAAACAUAACAAAAAGAGACCAUCAUUUGGGGACAUAAUUAAAGACUCCUUCUUUGAGAUCGUAGAGAGAGCUUACAGCAAUGGUGAUGACGAUGAUGAUGAUGAUGAUGAAGACUGGCUUUCUGAACUUCAAGAGCCAGAAGGCCUAUGCAACCCAAACCCUUGCUUACACAAUGGAGUGUGUGAGGAAAAAGGCAAGACAAAAUUCAAAUGUGACUGUCCCAAACCUUUCAAAGGAAGGAGAUGCCAAAAAGCUAAAAGAAUUUGUCGGAAAGGUUUAUGCGGGCGUGGUGAAUGUGUGCUGACUUCAAAUCAUCCAUUUUAUGAGUGCAAGUGCAAGGAGCCCUUCCAGCCACCAAACUGCAGAAGUUAUGAAUUUUGUGAGCCUAAUCCAUGUAAAAAUGGUGGAGAAUGCAUCAUCAAUGGCAAUGACUUUGACUGCGCCUGCCCUUCAGGGUACAGAGGACGUUUCUGCCAUGUUGGCCCAGAUGACUGCUAUGUGGAUGAUGGAGAGUCAUAUCGUGGCAAUGUGAGUGAGACCGAUGAUGAGGACGAAUGCCUGUACUGGAACUCACACUUCAUCCUGGACAGUGGAACUAAUCCCUUCACCUCAUUUGAGGACAACGAUGGACUUGGCCCUCACAACUUCUGCAGAAACCCAGAUGGCGAUGCGAUGCCCUGGUGUUUCUUCAGAAGAGGCCGCAGGUUACUGUGGGACUAUUGUGAUGUGAGGGAGUGUUCUACACCAACAGAUGUGUCGCCAACUGAAAUUAUCCCCCCAGUCCCUGAUCCCACUACUGCAAAGCCACAACCCACAAAACCUGAACCUACAGCAGACAUCAAGCCAACAACUACCCAACUCCCAAUGACUACUAAACCCCCAACAACUGAAAAACCAACAUCUACCCAACUCCCAGUGAUUACUAUAGCCCCAACAACUGAAAAACCCAGCCAGGCUCCUCAACCUUCCCCUGUACCCACUGAUGGUCCUACCAUCCCCGGCUCUACUGUCCCACCAGAACAAUUCUCUACCUGCGGACAGCCUCAGCCAAAAAAGCCCCUUACUCGAAUUUUUGGGGGUCUGAAGGUCCCUCCUGGGGCCCUGCCCUGGCAGGUGUCUUUGCUAGUUAGACCAAAGAACACCAACCAGCAAUUCAGACACAUCUGUGGAGGAGUUCUCAUUGCCAGCUGCUGGGUAUUGACAGCCGGACACUGCAUAGAACAAAAUAAGGACAUGCAGGUGGUAAUGGGAGGUCUGUCAUUGGAUAUGACAGAAUACACAGAGCAAACCCUACGAGUUGAAGAGGCUAUUGUACAUGAGAACUACACGGAGACUCCUACAGCUGUAUACAGUGACAUAGCCUUGCUGAGGCUGAAUGGUACUGAUGGAGUUUGUGCCGAAGAGACCCAGUUUGUAAAGACAGCCUGUCUGCCCGAUGCCCAAUUGCCUGAUGGGAUGGAGUGCACCAUUUCUGGAUGGGGUGCCACUGAGAACUCUAAAUAUGGUUCCAACCGCCUGCUCGAGGCCAAUGUAUUGCUGAUCAACCAGCACAAAUGCUCUGAACGCAAGAUUUAUGGCAGAAUCCUAGAUAAUACCAUGUUCUGUGCUGGCCACCUAAUGGGAGGGGUGGAUUCCUGCCAGGGUGACUCUGGAGGACCACUAACUUGUAAGCCGAACAAUGCCAGUGUUAUUUAUGGCCUGGUGAGUUGGGGAGACCAAUGUGGGAGGAAGAACAAGCCUGGGGUCUACACUCGGGUCACUCACUUCUUGGACUGGAUCAAAUCAAAGACUCAAGCAACAUUUCCAUCGGCAACAUCCAAAACAGUGUAGCAAAGGCCCUGGUUAAUAAUGGAACUUUUGAAUUUUGUGCAGAUAAAUCUGCUAUUCUGCUUUUAAGGCUCCUUCAUACUUACAAAAAUGUAGUCAUUGACUAAGCAUUGUCAUUUCAGUUUAACAGGUUUUUAUCUAUUACAUAUGGACACAAGCUAAAUCUGAAAUCUACUGGUCAUCUAAUUUUCAUAUUUCCUUUAUUUUUCUUUUGAAACUUUCUUUUAUAUUAGUCAGAAGGAAAAACACACAAUCGAUUUGAAAUGUGACUCCUGUGAGCCCAUUGUGGUAAUCAGGUGGUCCAUCAGAUUCACAUUAAUCAGGUGUCUCAGUUCACCAUUCCUUCUAGAAACAGAGACAAAUGCAUCAGUGUUCUUAAGCAGUGACAUGACUUUCACAAAAUGGUGAAAAAUGCUACCGCUUGUUCGUUACUUCGGCCAUGAGUGUCUCUUUAUUCUGUUCUGCGCCUUCGCGUCUUCACUUCAUGUCUUCACCGGGCCCAUGGGUGGCAGAACUCGUAGUUACACCCCUGAUCAAGACAAGAGUCACAGUGCUUGAAUGUAAAAAACAUCUUAAAAACCACAGAUGGCCAUGAAAUGUACAUUUUAUUUACACAAAUAUAAGCUGCCUGUGGCAUCCUACUUUUUAUGGAUUUGUCUUUGAGUAAGUGAAUGCUUGCGGUUUCUACUCCAAAUUCAACAAGUUUCUUAUUUACCUCACCACUGUUUUUAAAGCUGAUUAUUUCAUGCAAGGUUCAGCCGCAAAAUAAACCAAAGAGAAUGGA